ACGGGGUCAUUAUCCUAUACAAAGCUCCAAGUCAAACAGAGAAGCCCAGGGUUCUCUCCACUCCUGGAGACCAAACAAGCUCAAGACUUUCCGCCUUCCCCAAGCUGGAAGCACUGCGCAGCUGCCAGCAGAUCCAGCAGAGAAAAUAGGCAUACUGCGCCUGCGCUGGCCACCUCACAGAGCGCUCUGACAACUCUACUAACGCCGCCAUCAUCGCCGGGUUUGAACCCUCCAUCCUGCCGUAGCCAGAUUGCUGGCCUGCCAUUCGGUCUUUCCUUUUUUCUUUCUUCUGAAUCUCCUAGUCCUCGGCUUUAAGAUGGAAUCCUUUGCAGCAGCAGCAGCGGCGGCAGGAAGAGGGAGUCCCCUUCGAGGGGUCCGAGCCGAGACUGCAGAAAUGGCAGCGCAGAAGAUUAACGAAGGGCUGGAGCAUAUAGCCAAAGCAGAGAAAUACCUGAAAACUGGUUUUUUAAAAUGGAAGCCAGAUUAUGACAGUGCGGCAACUGAAUAUGGGAAAGCAGCUGUUGCUUUUAAAAAUGCCAAACAGUUUGAUCAAGCCAAAGAUGCCUGUCUGAGAGAAGCUGCUGCACAUGAGAAUAAUCGGGCUCUUUUUCAUGCAGCCAAAGCUUAUGAACAAGCUGGCAUGAUGUUGAAGGAGAUGCAGAAAUUACCAGAAGCUGUUCACCUGAUUGAGAAAGCCAGUAUGAUGUAUCUGGAGAAUGGGACGCCUGACACAGCGGCCAUGGCUUUGGAAAGGGCAGGAAAGCUAAUAGAAAAUGUGAACCCUGAAAAGGCUGUACAGUUAUAUCAACAGACAGCUAAUGUGUUCGAAAAUGAAGAACGCCUAAGACAAGCAGUUGAAUUACUAGGAAAAGCCUCUCGACUUUUAGUACGAGGACGUAGAUUUGAUGAGGCUGCACUUUCCAUUCAGAAGGAAAAGAAUAUCUAUAAGGAAAUUGAAAAUUACCCAACAUGUUAUAAGAAAACGAUUGCUCAAGUCUUAGUUCAUCUUCACAGAAAUGACUAUGUAGCUGCGGAAAGAUGUGUCAGAGAGAGCUAUAGCAUACCAGGAUUCAAUGGAAGUGAAGACUGCACUGCCCUGGAACAACUUUUAGAAGGGUAUGACCAACAAGACCAAGAUCAAGUUUCAGAGGUCUGCAAUUCUCCACUUUUUAAGUACAUGGACAAUGAUUAUGCCAAGUUGGGUUUGAGUUUGGUGGUCCCAGGAGGAGGAAUCAAGAAGAAAUCACCAGCAACACCACAGGCCAAAAGCGAGGGAGCAGAAGCCACAGCUGGUGGUGAUGAAGAAGAGGAUGAAUAUUCUGGAGGACUAUGCUAGUUAUUCACAUAUUCUUAGGGUGGGAAGUAGGGGGAAAGUCUGAUGUUCGUUUUUGUGGAUGUUGAGUAUACCCAAAUUUCUAACCCUCCUCUGUCGUCCUGAAUUGGAAUGCCAGUGUAGAAGCCCCAUAUCUUGGACUACUAUACCAAAAUUUUCUUCAUUAGUUCCUACCUCCUGUGAAUCAUUAGUUUAUUCUUUCCUUGGUAGAAGUUUGUCCAGAGUACCAGCUUCAAUUUUUUUUAAGGUAAUUCAUAGAAAAAUGAUAACAGACUCCUUUGUGAGCUGGGUUCUUGAGUUAAGGUUAUAGAUUAAGAAUACAGGUAGAACAUUUGGGUGUCAUUUUUCCACCUUUGGUUUUUUUUGUAUUCCCUGGCAAAUGCUUUUCUCUUUCUUUUAUUAACCAGUAAUUGGCACUAAAAGUGACCU